AUGAUCCACCAAUUACAGGUAAAUGAAAGCCUCAAAGAUACCUUGAAUAAAGAACUGUCCAAGCUUGUUGAUGAGCGCACGCAAGAGGUUAGCUUAAAAGCUUCUAUUAUUGAAAAACAGCAUGAAGAAAUCUCUUUAAUGAAUGCAAUGCUGGAAAAGGAUAAUCAGGAGUUGCAUGUGAAUAUUGAGAAGGUAACGAAAGCCAGGGUGAUGUCAGACCAUGUUGAUUUUGCAGAGUUCAGUAAGAUUUAUCCGGAUAGAGAAACCUGCUUUAAAUAUCUUUCUGAGCUGAAGUGGGCAAAUGGAUAUGCCUGCCGUAAAUGUACGAAUACGUUUUUUCUUGCUGGUUUUUUACCUUAUAGCAGGAGAUGUACAAAAUGUGGCUAUGAUGAAUCUGUAA